AUGGCCGAUAAAGAUCACCUCAUUAAAGUCACCAACCGCGACAAAAUUGCCCCAACGGGGCCUCAUGAGCAAAAGUCAUUCGCGGCCCGCUGCCACUGCUCUCGCAUUCGAUUCAGCGUCACGCUGGCCACGGCGGCACUCCCGCUCCGCGCCUUCAUCUGCCACUGUGGUGCCUGUCGAACCUCGCACGGCACCUUUGGAAGCUUUCACAUCAUCCUGCCGCCUGGCGUGGCGCCCGAGUGGGACGAGGGCUCCUCGAGAGAGCAGCUGGCUUGGUACAAGGGAGAGUAUGGAGGAGACUUGUCAUUCUGUCCUACCUGUGGCACCCAUGCUGGCGGCUACAGCCCAGAGCUAGACCAGUGGGCAGUGACGUGGGGUAUCUUUGACGAAAAGUUCUGGCAGCUGGCCUUUCACACGUGCACCCAGUCGGCGGCGGGCGGCGGCAUGGCCCCGUGGCUCCCCGAGGUGGCCGGCGCGGCCGUACCGCACGUCAGCCUGGGUUCGCAGGAUUUUCCCAACGCCUGCGAGCCGUGCGUGGGACCCGACGGCCGGGAGAGGCUGCGCGCCGAGUGUGCCUGCGGCGGCGUCGCCUUUUCCAUUACCCGGCCCAGCCAGGAGGUGAUUGAUGACGAGUACAUGGGCGACUAUGUCAUGUCAUCAUCGUCUGCCGAGAACCCAACCACCCGCAGCAACGACGAGAACUAUAAAUGGAAGGCCUUUCUCGACAUGUGCCGCGACUGCGGCCGCCUGUCGGGCGCCACGGUGGUGCCGUGGAUCCUGGUCCCGCGGAUCGCGAUCACGGAUCCCCCAAUGCCCCCGGAUUUUCAAGGCGUGGGAACCCUCAAGACGUACCAGUCGACACGGGGGCGCGUGACGCGGGGGUUCUGCGGGCGCUGCGGCGCGACGGUGCUGCUGGGAACGACGCGGCGCACGCCCAGCGAGCGGCAGGCUGUCCUGAAUGUGGCCAUGGGGGUGCUGCGGGCGCCCGAGGGGGUGCGCGCCGAGGACUGGACGGUUUGGAGGACGGGCAAUGUCGCCUGGGCUGACGAUGCCCGCGGGUACGACGCCGAGUUUACGGAUGCGCUGGUCUCGGGCAUUCGCAACUGGGGCGUCGAGACUCAUGGGCAAGCGGUGGAUUUUCCAGUGAUUUAG